ACCUCCGAGACCGCGGGGACCCGGCGCGCAGAGAAGUGCCGAGCGCCCGUGCAGCUCCGGGCUGGGCCCGCGGGACACGGGCACCGCGAGUGUGCGCGCCGCCGAGGCGCUGCGCUCCCAGACGCGUCCGCCGCUGCAGGAGGGGCAUUUGCCCCCGACCCGAGGCUCGCGGCCAGCAUGGCCCCAACGCUGCAGCAGGCGUACCGGAGGCGCUGGUGGAUGGCCUGCACGGCCGUGGUGGAGAAUCUCUUCUUCUCUGCCGUGCUCCUGGGCUGGGGCUCCUUGCUGAUCAUGCUCAAGAACGAGGGCUUCUAUUCCAGCUUAUGCGCAGCUAAGAACGCCACUAACAUCACCCAGGAUGCACAGCUCCGCUGGCCCAGCUGUGACAGCCAGGAAAAGAUGCUCAACCUGGGCUUCACCAUCGGCUCCUUCGUGCUCAGCGCCACCACCCUGCCGCUGGGGAUCUUCAUGGACCGCUUUGGCCCCCGGCCCACACGGCUGGUUGGCAGCACCUGCUUUGCUGCAUCCUGCACCCUCAUGGCCCUGGCCUCUCGGGACACCAAAGUUCUGUCUCCAUUGAUAUUCCUGGCGCUGUCCCUGAAUGGCUUUGGUGGAAUCUGCCUAACGUUCUCUUCACUCACGCUGCCCAACAUGUUUGGGAACCUGCGCUCCACCAUCAUGGCCCUCAUGAUCGGCUCCUACGCCUCUUCUGCCAUCACGUUUCCAGGAAUCAAGCUGAUCUACGAUGCUGGCGUGUCCUUCAUGGUCAUCAUGUUCACCUGGUCGGGCCUGGCCUGCCUCAUCUUCCUGAACUGUGCCCUCAACUGGCCCACCGAAGCCUUUCCCUCUCCCGAGGAAGGCAGCUACACGAAGAAGAUCAAGCUCACUGGGCUGGUCCUGGAUCACAAAGUGACAGGUGACCGCUUCUACACCCAUGUGGUCAAUGUGGGCCAGCGGCUGAGCCAGAGGGCCCCCAGCAUGGAGGAGGACGACAUCUCCCAGGACACUCGUGGCACCUCAGGAAACCCUCGUGAGAAGUCUGUCCCCUUCCGCAAGAGCCUCUGCUCCCCCAUUUUCCUGUGGAGCCUCCUGACCAUGGGCAUCACCCAGCUGCGGGUCAUCUUCUACAUGGCCGCCAUGAACAAGAUGCUGGAGUUCAUCGUGACCGGCGGCCAGAAGCAUGAGACCGUCUCCCUGAAGCAAAGAGCGGAAGAGACAGUUGGGUUCUACUCCAUCGUCUUUGGGGCCAUGCAGCUGCUGUGUCUACUCACCUGCCCUCUCAUUGGCUACCUCAUGGACUGGCGGAUCAAGGACUGUGUGGACACCCCCACUGAGGGCAUGGCCCUUGACGAUGCCAGGGACGGGAUUGCCACCAAGUCCGUCAGACCGCGCUACCGCAAGAUCCAGAAGCUCACCAACGCCAUCAACGCCUUCACCCUGACCAACUUUCUGCUGGUGGCUUUUGGCAUCACCUGCCUCAUCAACAACUUACACCUCCAGUUCAUGACCUUUGUCCUGCACACCAUCGUUCGAGGUUUCUACCACUCGGCCUGCGGCGGCCUCUACGCGGCGGUGUUCCCGUCCAACCACUUUGGGACGCUGACAGGCCUGCAGUCCCUCAUCAGUGCCGUGUUUGCCCUGCUCCAGCAGCCGCUCUUCAUGGCCAUGGUGGGACCCUUGAAAGGAAACCCCUUCUGGGUGAACCUGGGCCUCCUGCUCUUCUCACUCCUGGGAUUCCUGUUACCUUCCUACCUCUUCUACUAUCGAGCCCGGCUGCAGAAGGUGCACACCACUGACUGGGAGGGCCCACUGAAGGCGCUGAGCAACUCUGAGGUGACUGCGUAGACCUCCGCAGACAACGGACCGGAUGAGCAACCAAAGGGAAUGCCUCAUGUGGCUUUUCUACCUGUAACACACACAGAGCCAGGGGCCGUGGAUUUAUAAAUACCAGGAGAAGUUCUAUUUUUGUAGGGACUUGCUAAAAGGAAAAAAAAAAAUCCCCCCAAGCAAUGUGCCCUUGACUGAAGACAGGCCCUGCGCUAGAAGGAUGGGGCCUCUUCCUCCUGGACUGGGGGAGAUCCGGGUGUGGGGCUCCCCUUUCUCUGGGCCUCCGUCCUCCUGGGGCCUCCUGGGGGCUUGGGGCCAGCAAACAGCUUACCCCCAAGUCCCAGCUGUGUCAUGCCCAGAGUGUACAUGUAAGUGUGAAGUGUGUACAUGUGCACAUGUGUGUGGUGUGUGUGAACCAACCUUCCCCUAGGGGAAAGGGGCCUGAGGUGCUGGCUGUGUCCUGGAUGGGGUGUGGGGGGUAAGGCCCUUCCAGGGGCUGGAGGGCGGGUUCCCUCCCUGGUGCUGCUUUUUGCAGAUCUCAGAGGAAAUAAAAAGGGAAGUGAGA